CUUGCAGUAUAUAAUGGGAGGAAGUCAGUCCAUGUGUGUUCUUGAGAUAGCUUGUUUGACCAAAGGGGUAGCUUAAGUAGAUACAGAAUCUAGCUGGUCAGGUUAGGAUUUUAGCUGGAACCUGCAGGUUCUGAUUUGGGACCGAUGUGCAUCCAUAGGAGAGAGCGAAAGGCCAUCCCAUUCCAAACGGUGCGAGACUAUAUAUUCACUGGUAGUUCUCCAAGCAUAGUCCUUAGCGGACUACUGUUUGGUAAUAAUCCUUUGUCACGGCCCGGACUCUCCGGCCGAACUACAGUCGAAUGUAGGCAAUUCGCGACUUAAUAAGGGUGACUAACUCGCGAAUUACAUGGGGGGUCUGUCAACAUACUGGCGACUAUUCGCAAUUAUACUCGUAAUAUUCAUGAUUUCAUCAGUAAUUUCUAUCACCCAUGCAACUUGCGUUAAACUUGCGUAGCUAGUGACUACUAAUUUCCGCACCCCCCGCCUGUUGGUGUGUAAAUUGUCUUACGAGAGGAGCUAACUAAUGUAGUCUUAUGAUGUGAUAAGGCUAACCAUACUCGUACAGGGGACGCGUCUAGGUCUAGGACAGAUCGCACUCAGAUCAUAUUCUAGAACUGCGACCAGAUCGGCCUCGUCUUCGCCGCACUGUAGAACCGUCUACAGUUCAGAGCGACUACUCGGCAUCUAGAGACCGCCCUAGAGAUCGAGGAGUGAGUAUCUGCCAGACUAGAGAGCUCAGGAGAGAGCGAAAAGAUCACCCCACUCCAAAUGGUGCCGAAGAGAGCUACUCAAGAAGUCGCUUGCUAAUGGAAAAUGUUCGAGAUCGCUCCACUAAGAAAGUAGCGUCCGUUUCGAUCGUGCAAGGAAGUCGCGUCUUGAUCUCUCACCUACUCGCUCGUUAAGAUAACACGACUCAAAGACCGACACUGGACUCGUUUAAUAUCUUUCGGAGAGGACUGAGCACACCGAUGAGAUAUGCCCUCGGGUCAUGUGAACCAAUUAAGAACACACAACUAAAGCAAUUAAAUGGGGGCGAGUCCCUAAUAGGCAACACGACCUCGAAAGUUGUGCGUCUCGCGUCUUGUAAAUUAUGGCUAUUUCCGGUGCAAAUAUUCAAUAGCAACAAAUGUAAUGCGAAGGCAUCUCCAAAAAGGUUUCUCGUUCGAAAAAUGUCGCAAAUAAAUGCACUGCCGGGCUGCGGCUGGUCUUACCAGGACACAAUCGACACAGAUGAGAAGUCAAACGCUAUAGGCGAACGACUUGAAUGCAAACUGAAUUCUUGAAAGUCUUGACCAAGACGAAGAGUGACGAGGAUAAAAUGCGUAGUCCUGUGCGUGUGCUUAUGGAUUGUGGCUGGGCACUCCGGUACACAAUCAACCAAAUGCGAAGUCAAAUGAUUCAAACAAAUGCGGCGGCAAAUGAUUCAAACAAAUGCGGCGUCAAAUGAUUCAAACAAAUGCGAAGGCUCAAACAAAUGCGAAGCCAAAUGGUUCAAACAAAUGCGAAGGCAAACGGCUCAAACAAAUGCGAAGGCAAAUGCGCUAGCUUAUCACUUAUGGAUUGCGACUGGGUGCUUCAAUACACAGCCGACGCGUGAAGUCAACGCUAUAAGCGGACGACUACGCGACAUUUCUUGUCUCCGUCCGUCUUGAUCAAUGCGAAGAAGUCUCGGGCAAUUGCUUACUUAAUGACGAGGAUAAAAGAGGUAGUCCUUUAUCUUAAAUGGCCAGCCCAGUAUCCUUCUAUUCACAUAGCGCAUGAUCUGAAGGCGUAUUUCACUUGUGUGCUCAGUCCUUUCCGAAAGAUAUUAAAUUAAUGGGUCAAGUGUCGACCUUUGAGCCAUGAUAUCCUAUCGAGCGAGUAGGUGAGAGAUCAGUUGCAGUCUCCUUGUAAGAUCAAACGAAUGCUACUUAGUGGAGCGAUCUCGGGCCUCCUUUUUGUUCGAUAAGAUAGCAACUAUUCUUUUAUUAUUUCGAUAGGUCUUCCUCAGUAAAGAUCUGGAACUCCUGUUACAGAUCUGGGAAUUUUUAUAUUUUGGCACCGUUUGGAUUUUGGCACCAUUUGGAAUGGGCGGAUCUUUUGCUCUCUCUUGAGCUCUCUAGUCUGGUAGAUACUCACUCCACGAUCUCUAGGGCGAUCUCUAGAUGCCGAGUAGUCGCCCCAAACUGUAGACGGUUCCACAGUGCGGCGGGGACGAGGCUGAUCUAGUCACGACUCUAGAAGACGAUCUGAGUACGGUCUGGCCUAGAUCUAGAUAUGUCCCUUGUACGAAUAUGGCUAGCCUUCUCGCAGAGUAAAACUAAUUAGAACCUUUCGUAGGCUAAGAUAAUUUACGCACCAACGGGCGGGGGGUGCGGAAGUUUAGUAAUCAUUAGCUACGAAGGUUUGACUUAAGUUGCAUAGGUGAUAAAGUCUGAUAAAGUCAUGAAUAUACGUCCUAAAAUCACGGCUAUACGUCAGUAUGUUGACAAGCCCCCCGGCAAUUUACGACUUAGUCAUCCUAUUAAGUCGCGAGUUGCCUAUGUUUCGACUGUAGUUCGACCGGAGAGCUUGAGCCGCGAGAAAAGGAGUCUUAUCAAACAGUAACCCGCUAGAGGCUAUGCUUGGAGAACUACCAGAGAGUAUAAAGUCUCAGCGCCUCUCUAUGUCAACAUACUUGACGACUUGCGCAGAAACGUCUAUGGGCUUUUUUUGUGUUUUUCUAAAAAUUUUUUUGUAUACUGAGCGAAAGUGUUGCUAUUACUCUUUUGUGACUACCAGAACCAGUCCCAUACAAUUGACAGACCAUGCCACUUUCCAAAGGAUGUCUUAAGAACACAGUGACGAAGUUUACUUUUAAGGCAGGGCUGUCGGGAAGUGAGCAAGUUUUGACAGACCUGCC